AUGGAUUCCCUGCUGUGGAGCACACUCCCAGAGCAUCUCCUGGAGAGGGUCUUGCUUCGGCUACCGCUGCCGAGCCUCCUCAAAUUCCGGACCGUAUGCCGGGCCUGGAGAUCCCUUCUUUGCUCCGACGGAUUCCUGGAAUCUUACAGCUCCAUCUCGCCGCAGGGCCCCUGGUUCUUCAUGUUCACAAACCAUGACUACAAGGACGGCUCCACAUUCAACCCGAUAUCCAACACGUGGCACCACAUCCCACUGCCCAGUUUUCCGGUGAACGAGCGCUACAUCCCGGUGGCCGCCGGCGGCGGCCUCAUUUGCUUCUGCGCCUCCACUGACGGCCAAAAACACUUCGCGGUGUGCAACCUCAUCACAUCCACCUGGCGCAAGCUCCCGCCAAUGAACAACAACCCGACCUAUCUAGAGACGGUCGGCAUGGUGGUGGACAAGGGGACCGGCCUCUACAAAGUCGUGGUGGCGGGGAACCACGAGAUCUCGGUGGACGACAUCACCACCGAGGUCUACGAGUCCGGGCUCGACACGUGGCGGAUGACGAGCAGCAUGCCGCGCGGUGCGGAUCCGCUGCUCGGUACCAUCACUUGCAACGGCGUUCUCUACUCGUGGUGCUGCGACCCCGACGGGCUUGUCGCCUACGACACGUACAAGGACACGUGGAGCCUCAUCCAGACCCCCACGCCGGAUUCCCUGGUGAGCAACACGAUCCUGGAAUCCCGGGGCAGGAUCAUGAUGGUGGGCGGGCUCCAGGAGGGGAAUAUUACCAGCGCGAUAUGCGUGUGGCUGCUCAAUGUGGAGAGGAUGGAGUGGGUGGAGGUGGACAAGAUGCCGGAAUCUUUGUGCCACGAGUUUUUGGGAGAUCGUACGUAUUUUAUGUGCGUAGGGACCAACGAUGUGGUGCUGCUCUACAUUGGUGGCGGGCUGAGGGAUAUGCCGAUGCUCCUGUACGACCUGGUCGAGCGGCAGUGGAGUAGGGUUUCGGACUGUACGUUACCGGACGAGCGGCUCAUCGAUGGGCUCAUCGAUGGGAUAUCCUUUGAGCCCAGGCUCGACAUCCUUGUCUAA